AUGAGAAAGCUCAUUGAAAAGAGUGAGGAAUGGCCUAUGGGUAGACCUGGAGCAAGGGCCGAGACUGGUGAGAAAUUUCCUCCCCACAUUCUGCACUUCUUAGCGUGUCGAAAAGAGACGGUCGAAGAGCGGGAAAAGGGCCCCCAAACCCGGUUCUUCCCUGUUACUGCGAGCUUCCAGAAGACGGGAGGUUCGCCUCGCGCCGGGGAGCGGUAUGACCACCCCCAGAAGCUGGAGCCCUUGAGUCCAGUCCUUGCUCCUUCCCCUCCGUGUCUCCGUCCCGAGAUGGGAGGUGAUGUUCACUUGCCACUGCUGGUGGACACGGCUAGGACACAUAUCGGAGGCGGGAUCGAGACUGGAGUGAUUAACAACUGGGUAGACUGA